UCGCUUGCCAUGCCGGCGCCCAUUCCAUUGACUCUAACUACCGAAUCGAUGUUCACCCCCACGCCACCCCGGAAAUUUGGAAACAGGCAAUGGUAUCAGCAGGUUUUCCGAUCGAGAAUUGCACGUUGUACAAUGAUGGCGCUCCUGAUACCCUCGGCGUGAAUUAUUCCACUCUUAGCAUCACUGCACCCGGGGUUUCAUUCGCCAAGGAUGCUAAAAAGGCUAAAUCCUUAGCUCGGAAAUUUAACUUGCUCCUUUACGACUACACGAAAGCCAUCCAGCUCGAUUGGAAGCACUCUGUCUUCUUCCUCUUCCUCAUGUCAGCGAGGCGGUCAAAGCGCUUGAGGUACAAUAUAAUGCAAUUCCAUCAAUCUGGCUUGGGCCAUAUACUAAUUUUUGGUAAAAAUUUUGCCUGGAUACUCUCAAAUUUGCUGGUGUUGGCUUAUAUACCAAUGCUAAUGGCCUCUAUCUUGGGACCUCUAACCUGGAACCGAUUUUUAAAGCCUUGGAUAAACGCAGCGCCGGUGUUUUUGUUCAUCCAGCUUCUUCGACAUGUACCUCUGUCGGUCUCGGAAAUCUACUUCUUACUGGCCAACGUGCGAGAUAUCCAGAUCUCAACAUUAUUUUCACACAUGGCGGCGGAGCGAUACGAUAUCUUGCUACUCGCAUUGCUGGUGUUGAAACUUGAAACACUUCCCUAUGCAGGUGGGAUAGCCUUUCCCGAAACUCUCGCCCAGCUCGCCGGAUACUAUUUUGAUCUCGCAAGCGCGACCUCUGCCAUUCAGCUUGCAGCCUUGAAGACUUUGAUUGGUGCCAAAAAGCUCGUGACUGGAAUUGACUAUCCUUAUCUUCCUCUUUCACAGGCACAGCCAGGGCUAAUCGGUAUACAAAACAAUGGCAACUUUACAGAUGACGAGAUGAGGGAAAUCAGAUACCAGAAUGAUUUGGAUAUCUUUUCCCGCAUCGCUGAGGCGUUGAAUGUGAACUAA